AUGUGGCUUGCUCCUCCUAAUCUAACUGUACUCAUGUUUCUGAUGCUUGGCUUCUCUGAUGCUGGGCCAUCAUACCACAUUAUUACACCCAAUAAAGUUAUGUCUGGUUGUAAUACAACACUUGCUGUUCAUUGGUUUGGCAAUUAUUCUGAAAUUAAUGUGACUGCAACAUUAUUUAACAAAGGUGAAUUUUUAAUAAGUGAAAGUGAUGUCUUCUAUAAAGAUUCUAUUGGAAUUCUGAGUCUUCCAGCACUACAGCUGCCAGUAAAUGCAAUAUCACGGUUUUAUACUAUGGUUGUAAGAGGAUCAGAUCCGGAGGAAAUGCUCUUCUCAUAUGAAGCUCAGCUAGAGAUGACAAUGGCAAACAUAUCUAUAUUUAUACAAACAGACAAAGUGACCUACACAGCAGGAGAGGUGGUCAAAAUCCGAGCUGUUGCUGUAGAUCAAAACAUAAGGCCGUACAGUGGACUCAUUGAUAUAAUUCUAACAGAUUCACAGGAAAAUAUUAUCCAGCAGUGGCUGAAAAUGAAGCCCGAUUUAGGAGUAUUGUCUAUGGAAUUGGUGCUUUCUAAUAAUCCUAAUCUUGGUGUUUGGAGAAUACAGGCUACUACAAAGAUGUUUUCCAACAUUCAAUAUUUUGUUGUUGAUGAUUAUGUUUUGCCCAUAUUUGAUGUCUCUCUCAAAGUCCCAUCUCUUUACGUUGAUCCAAAACAACCCGGUAUUUCUGGAACUGUCACAGCAAACUAUAUGUAUGGAAAGUCUGUGGAAGGCAAUGUAACAAUAUCUGUGGUACCUACAUAUUACUUUGGAUAUGUGAGUGGUGUUAAUAAAACAUAUGAGAUCCCAGGAUCAGUAAACUUCAGCUUCACACACAUGGAAGUAACAGAUAUCAUGAUGUGGGGUUCAGUAAAUAUAACAGCAUCAGUCACAGAACAACUAACAGGUAUCACAAUUGACGCAACCUCUUACAUCACAAGAGUAUAUUCUGAGUACAUGUUGUUACUACAUGAGCGAACAGGACUGUUUUAUCCAGGUUUCAAUUACACCACAAAGAUGCAAAUCCUACGAGUUGACCAUGAAGCACUGUCAGUAGAGGAAAGGGAAACAAACAUUUCUCUUAAAAUAACACAAUUACAAAACUAUUGGUGGUAUGGUUUCAACACAGGUAAUGAUGCUCAUGUACAACAAUACAAAAUUCCACAAGAUGGCACUUUCAGAAUUGAGUUUGAAGCGCUACAAUCAACUCAAAUGAUUCAAAUUGAGGCUGAAUAUCAGAACAUCACACAAACCUGGUAUUUGUACAGAUCAUAUGGAAUGAAUUCUUUUAUACAGAUACGAGAGCCCCCAAACUCUCCAUUAGAGGUUGGGAAAGCAUUUGAAUUGCAGAUUGAAGUCUUCCCUGAAGUAGAUGAGUUAUUUUAUGUGGUUAUGGCUAAAGGAACAAUUGUGUCUGCUGGGAAGAAGAGCAGGACGUCAUUCAGCCUGACCCCACAGCACUCUUGGGCUCCCUCCGCAGAGAUCAUCCUUUACUUUCAUAAUGUUAAUGGAGGUUAUGGUGAUAUUGUGCAAACCUCCUACAUGCUGUCCAUCAAAGGAAUGUUUAAGAACAAGGUAACAUUAUCAUGGAGUAAAAACACAGCGCAGCCAUCUGAAAAUGUGUUGCUAUCUGUCAAUGUGACUGAAUCCCGCUCUUUGGUCGGACUGCGAGUCGUUGGUAAAAGUCCCUCACUUCUUGGAAAUGAAAAUGAUCUAACUGCAAGUAGAGUGGAAAAGUCUUUUGCGAGUUACACAAAGCCGUGGGGAUAUAACACUCUGUCUGAUGCCACAAUUAACACACUUUAUCCUUCAUACGAAGGAUUUCAGCCCACUAUUUCAAGCAUACCAGUUACAAUGCCAUCACCUUCAGCUGAUAGGGCGCUUCUUCCAGAAACAUGGAUUUGGCUAGAAACCAACAUUAGCUCGGGAAACACCUAUACCCUGCCAUUAUCUGUCCCCGACACAAUGACUUCAUGGCUGGCCAGUGGAUUUGUUAUUUCUGAGAUGCUUGGACUGAGUGUUACAGAUGAAUCGGCUGAGCUACAAGUAUUUCAAACUUUCUUUGUUUCACUGAGUCUCCCAUACUCGGUAACUAGAGGUGAAGUUUUCCUAGUGGAAGCCAUAUUGUUCAAUCAUCUGACAGAAAACCUACAGGUCCUGGUAUCUUUGGAGCCCAGUGACUCAUUUGAAAUAUUUGUACCAAAAAAUUCAAGUACUGUAAUAGGUCAGCAGAUUGUGGACGUUCCCAGUAACAGAGAAAUUACUUGCCUAUUUCCAAUCAGACCUACGAGGCUUGGUCCAAUCCUAAUCACAGUGAAUGCAACUUCAAAAGCAGCUUCUGAUAUGGUAACUGAAAAAAUACUUGUGAAGGCUGAAGGAGUGCAGAAGUUUUAUUCCCAGUCUGCUCUUUUUGAUAUGAAAAACACCACAGGGCCAAGUCAUCCUCUUUCAAAAACCUUGUCAUUCAUUUUCCCUGAUGAUGUGGUGGAAGUAAGUGAGCAAGCUUAUAUCACUGUUAUUGGAAACCUUCUUGCAACCUCAAUCGAUGGCUUGGAGUCUCUGAUACAGAUGCCUUGUGGUUGUGGAGAACAAAAUAUGAUUUACUUUGCACCAAACAUCUAUGUUCUUCAAUACUUAGUAGCAACUAACCAGGCAACAGAAUACCUAACAGCAAGAUGUAUAGCCUUCAUGAAAGAAGGGUACCAAAAUGAAUUAAAUUACAGAAGAUAUGAUGGCUCCUUUAGUGCUUUUGGGAACAGUGAUAAUUAUGGAAGUACAUGGCUUUCAGCAUUCGUGUUUAGAUGUUUCCUCCAGGCUCGGCCAUUUAUAUACAUAAAUCCAGAUGUUUUAAAUGGGACAGUGGAAUGGUUGGUGCAGUACCAGGAUAUGAACACCGGGGUAUUCUCUGAGCCUGGGCGUGUUAUUCACACAGAACUCCAGGGAGGUCUGAACGGCCCCGUUACCCUGACUGCUUAUAUACUGACCUCACUGCUAGAGGAUGAAUAUUACAGAAACCGUUAUCACUCCAGAGUUCAAAAAGCCGUGCAGUAUCUUGAGGGGAAGUUUGCUGAAGGAAUUUCCAGCAAUUACACUUUUUCAGUUGUUGUGUAUGCUCUGUCACUGGCCAAUAGCACCAAAGCAGAGGCUGCUCUAACCCAGCUUAAUUCAAGGGCAAGUACUACAGGAGGGUCAAAGUACUGGUCUUCACCAUCUGAAACAGAAAUCUAUUACUGGCAGCCAAGGACAACAGAUAUUGAGACGGCAGCCUAUGCCCUGCUUUCCUUCUGCCAGCAGAACAGAAUUGCAGAGGGCAUCCCUGUCAUGAAAUGGCUUAGUCAGCAGAGGAAUCAUCUUGGAGGCUAUUCAUCUACUCAGGAUACAAUAAUGGCUCUGCAAGCUCUGUCGCAGUUUUUGGUAGCUUCGCCCUCUAGUGAUACAUCUCUUACUGUGUCUGUCAUUGGAUCAGACCUAUACAAUUACGUACCAAAAACAUUUCAGAUCAACAGUGAUAAUCUUCUCUUGUUACAAAGUCAGCAGAUCGGAGUUUCCCAGCCUUUGUCAAUUAACAUUACCGCAGAUGGAAGAGGAUUGGCUAUUGUACAGCUUAAUAUCAUAUAUAACCAGAAAGCAUCCUCGAGGCAUAGAAGACAUCUUGUUCCAUCAGAAGCAUUCUCAUUAGAUGUUACAGUAAUAGAAGACCAGUUUAACACUGCUCAUCUUUCAGUAGAAAUAUGCACAAGUUAUCAGGGUGCAGGGAAUGAGAGUGGCAUGGCAAUCCUAGAAGUUGAAUUUCUAAGUGGAUUUACAAUGAGCCCUAAAGGAAUUCCCAUAAGCGGAUCAGUUAAGCGAGUGGAGCUUAAAGAUGGUGAAGUGUAUAUUUACUUUGAUUCGGUGACAACUAAUCGAGUUUGCAUAUCCGUUCCAAUGGUAAGGUCUGCAAAAGUAGCCAGUUCUCAAGAAGCUGUGAUCAAAAUAUAUGACUAUUACAACCCAAGAAAUUCUGCAACACGAAUGUAUAACUCUGAGACUGUGAGAGAUAUCUGUGAUUUCUGUGGGACAGAUUGUGCUCUGUGUAAUUUUAACACUUCAGGCGAAGAGGAAUUCAAUGGCGCUAUCUCACCAGAAUUGUCCAUGUUUUGGUUUUGCAUUAUUUUAUUAUACUACUUAUUUUAAAAUUGUAUUUUCAAAGACAUUUGUUUUCUGUACAAACAUACAGUAGGUCCUGAUUCAUGUUUGUAAGCUAAGCAAAAUGUCAAGCAACUUGGCAAAACCAUGUUGCACUGCAUGUGGGGCAGAUGAUUUAGAUUUCAGUGGGUUAUAUUUUAAUCUGUGCAGGGUAAAUGCUGACAGAUUUAUUUUUACACUGCAAUUUAGAUUUCAGUUUGAACACAACCCACUCAAAUCUAAAUUUCUCUGCACAAGUUACAUCUACCCCACCUGCACUGCAACAUGGUUUUGCCAAGUUGCUUGACAUUUUGCUUUGCUUACAAACAUGAAUAAUUUUAUAUAGCUGUCAUUUAUGUAACAAAAAGGAUAUUGAUGAUUUCACAAACAUGAAAUACUGAAUAUUAUGUCAAAUGUGCUAAACCAUUCGGUAUAUUAUUAUAGUAUAUGUAUUAGAAUAUCCUUACAAAAGCAUAACUAAUAAAAUGCACUAAUAAAGACACAAUUGUGCCAUUUUA